AUGGCUGCUUAUUCUGGAAAUUUCACAAAUGGUCGUCGUCCUCAAGCGACCAGCUCCCGUAACAUUGCCUUUUUGAGUAUUUUCGCUGUCAUCGCCGGGGGUUACCUCGCUUUCCGAGCCCAAUCGCCCAGCAAGGACGAGCCAUUGGUGUCGAAGAAAGAGGUCGAGACAAUGUAUGGCAGUCCGGCCGGUCCAGGCGAUCGAUCCAGAUGUGUCGAUACAUGCCUGUAUCUCUCACCCUGCCAUCGUCCAGCACAGACCUACUGCCGGAAGUGCGAAAACAACAGGAAGCUGCAUACGAAACCGGCGCUCCGCUGGUCGGUCAACCAUGUCCUUGCAAAUCCGGAGAAUCUUGACGAAAAGGAUAUUGAGAUGGUGGUUCGCGACAGCUGGCGAGGGAAUCAGUUGGCCAAGACGGCUUGGCCGACGUACGGUAUGGCGGAGGAUGUAUCCGAUGCGCUUCAGCGGGCUGUCGAAUCGAUGGAUAAAGAGAAGCAUUUGCUGCCGCUUGAGUGUCCGGAGGUGCUUCGACAGGAGAUUUUGAGCUUCUGUUAG